ACUCAGAUUGCUAAGCAGCAGCAGCAGCUGAUCCAGCAGCAGCAUAAGAUCAACCAUCUUCAACAGCAGAUUCAGCAGGUGAACAUGCCCUAUGUGAUGAUCCCAGCCUUUCACCCAAACACCCAGCCCCUCCCUGUCAACUCUGAUUCCCCGAUGGCACUGCCGUUGCAGCCCAUCCCUUGCAAGCCGACGGUUGACUACCCUAUGCAUCUGCUGUCCAAUAUUCAUCCCACCCCUGUCAAGAGGAGCAGUGGUUCCUUCCGGCAGGAGGCCAGUCAGCCCCUCAACCUGACCUCCAAACCAAAGGGUCUAGAGCUGGGGAAAACAUCCAGUCCACAGAGCCUAGAGCUGGGAUCGCUGGGGCUGCAGGUGACCUACAGAUCCAGAGAUGUUCAGAGGGAGUCUCACACCCCGCCUUGCUCUGCCAUCAGUUUCCUGGGAGAUGGCGACGUGGUCACCAAGGCCAUUCAUGAUGCCCAACAGCUCCUGAGAAGUCACUGCAUGAGAGGGAGGGACAGGGAGAGAGAUGGUGGCCUGCCUGUCUCUGUCCCAAGCAGCUUAACUGGCACUCGGCCCACCUCCUCCUCCGGCCACAUAAAGAGACCAAUGAAUGCCUUCAUGGUGUGGGCCAAAGAUGAACGCAGGAGAAUCCUACAAGCCUUCCCUGACAUGCACAACUCAUCUAUCAGCAAGAUCCUGGGUUCUAAGUGGAAGGCUAUGUCCAACCAGGAGAAGCAGCCAUACUAUGAAGAGCAGGCAAGACUGAGCAGGCAGCAUCUGGAGCGCUACCCAGACUACAAAUACAAACCCCGACCUAAACGUACCUGCAUAGUGGAGGGACGGAGGCUGAGGGUGGGCGAGUACAAAGCCAUGAUGAAGAGCCGAAGACAGGAGCAGAGAGCUACCUACACCCACAGUCACACAGAGCCACCACAGAUCCAUUACUCCCAGAGCGAUGGCCAGUACUCAGGAGGCGGAGGAUCAGCCCCUGUCCCAAACAUGUCUUUUCACCCUGCACUGAUGGAGCAUUAUCUACCACAAAUCCCACCCACACCCAGAGCCGAGAGCCAGGCCACGCCCACCUUUCAACCUAGGGAUAGAGAGACGGAACGAGUGCGAACACGGCCCCCCUACAGUGAAGGAGAGGAAAGUGAUGUGGGAGAGAGGAGCGAGGGGGAGAUGGUCCUUCUGACAGACUGAAGAGUCAGGUGGAAGAAGGGGGUGAAGGUUGGGGGCGGCAGGGCUUGAGAUGAAUGGUCAAAACUGACAAACUCUAAAGCAGAGCAAAAGAAAAUGUGUCAAUGAGUUCAAUC